UCUUAAACAUCUAAAUCAAACCUAUAUUUUUAGAUUGAAAACCAAAAUAAACCGAACCCAGUCAAUAUCCGAAAUGUCUAUGCUUAGUUUAUCCUAUGAUCGAAAAAAGAUGGAAUGCAAGAGUAUGUGUACCAUUAACAAAGAACUGUCUAGGCAAUUUGUAACUUUUAUUUUUUUUUUACGUUUGAAUUCUACUGUUCAAUCAGUGAAAAAACAUAUAAAUUUUUGGUUUGCAGUCUUAUCGCCGAGGAAAACCAUUUGGGCGACAUAGUUUUAACAAUGGUAGUUAUCUAUUCCUUUCCUCAGAUGUAUCUACUGGAUUGAGUUUUUUUUUUUUUAAUGUAUGUUGAUCAAAUCAAAAGAAGCUGAAGCGUCCCUUUUCUCCAGGAGCUAAAGGAAUGGUGAAUCGUACUCCUGAUAACCCAGUUGUAAUACGUGGCUUUAGCGCACCUGGCCUAGCACUCUUUUUUGGAUUUACUGGCUACAUGAUCUGGCAAAUUGUUGAGAAUACUCGAAUCACAAAAGCUACAAAGAAGUGUACCGAAUAUCUCAACGAAGCCUGUCUGAGGAACACCCGUGUUUCUGAAGGAUACAAGGAGAUAUCCAGGCUCAUCGGUAAAGAAAAGGAUGAAGCUGAUGAUGAAGCUGAAGCUGAAGCUGAAGCUGAAGCUGAUGAUGAGGAUGAGGAUGAAGAUGAAUCUGAAUCUGAACUCUCAGGGAAGAAGGUAGAAUAAGAUAUGGAAAUGCCAUGGUGGUGUGGUUCUGCUUGAGAAGAAUUUUGAGAUAGAGAUUGAGCUCUGAUUUUUUCAUUGUUGCUCCGAUUUUUUCUAAAAACUGUGAAAGCAUAGAACACUCUAAACAAAUAGGCGGUCACUGUAUAAACGUUUUUAGUAUGGUUGUUUCUAGUUGAUAAAGUCCGUUUGGGAUUCAUGAUGUGAUUGUUCUUUUGUUGGACACUCUGCCACUAGUAACUGAUAGUUUGGCAUCUGAUAUUUAAUUAUAUAUGUUUGGUUAUUAAAAAAAAAAACCGAAGUUGCUCUAGUUGAGCUUCUUCGCCAGAGUUACUCUCUCUAAGAAGCUGAACCAGCUUCCUU